AUGGAACCCCGCCGCAACCCUCCCGAGUACUUUCUCGAGAUCUUUGCCGACACCAACUCUGUCAAGGAUGUACUCAAGGCAGGUGUCCUGAAUCUUAUCUUCUUCCACCGUUACUUCCCCUCCAUCCUCCCCGGCUCUGUCGACAUUCUCGAUCUUACCCUCCCAACGGUCAACGACGUAGAGCUAGAAACCCUGAUUGACUCGCGCGUGAACUCGCUGAUCCGGCAGCACCUGUCGACCCCCUCAAACUCGUACAGCGGAGGAAACGGCGUGCGAGGCAGGAUCGCCGUCGAGUUCUUUGAACGGAAACGGAAAAAGGCUGGUACCUGGUUCGGCGGGCUUACCAGCAAAGGCGAAGAGGAAGUUUGUUGGGAAAUAUGGACUUUGGAUGUGACUAUCGCAACUCCUCGAACCGAGUCGGAACGCUCCAAAGUGCGAAAGGCGAUGGAAAACAUGCUUCAGAAAGCCGCGUUGAAAAUCCUGACCAUCGUCAACAGAGACAAAGACCACAUCCCGCCCAUCACGACGAGCGAGUCCAACCCGUUUCCAUAUCGCAUUAUACUCAAUCCUCGAACGGACGGCUGGGGAAAUCGCAUCGGCUUUUAUUAG